UCUCCACAUAUGUUACACUCAUGAGUUUGAAAAUGAAGUCUCACCUACUUACAAAUUCGCCGUUGAUGAUGCUUCUGUGCAUCUAUAUCUAACGCUAGAUUUUGCUGUUGACUGAUUCAGCUUCUCUUCUGAGACCAAGCAGUCUGUGCCCCCGAAUCUCAAGUCUUUCAGACAGCUCUAUAAAUGAACGUGAUCAUUCAUGCUCUUGCUUGCACAAGUCACAUCCAUGGCUCAAUCUCUAUCCCCCUAUGCUCUUGCUGCUUUGCUUUUAGUUCUUUCACUGAAGGCAACCUCCGCCGCUCACCACCACCGCCAUCAGCUGAAGUCUCUCCACUUUUCGCUUUACCAACAUGAGACUAUCAACAAAACUGGAUAUAUCAUAGUGAAUGGGGUUGCCGGAGCAAACCUCAGCCAAGUGGCACUGCCUUUCGGUACCUUGUUUGUUUUCGAGGAUCCGAUGACAGUAACAGCCAACCGAACUUCCAAAGUCGUUGGCAUCGCAGAAGGAACUUCCAUAACGUCUAGUCUCGAUGGGCUGACGAGCGUUUCUACUGCUAAGAUCACUCUAAAUUUGAAGAAGCAUAAAGGGUCAAUCUCCAUUGUUGGAGGCACUCAUAAUGUGAAACCUGCUGAUCACCCUGUUGUGGGAGGUACUGGCGACUUCUUGUUUGUACAAGGCUAUGUAACAUCUUCGCCGGUGGAUCUUGUUGGGAUUACUGUUGUCUACAAGAUUGAAUUUCACCUGUAUUGGCCUCCAUAUGCAGAGCAAGUUCAUCCAGCCUAAAGGGCAAACUCAGAAUCCAAAAUCAACAACAUAAUCAUAUGAUGAUUGUAUUUCUCUUACGCCAUUAUUUAUUUUGUCCUCUGUUUUAUUUUACAAUAGCAAUUGGAAAAUAUAUAAAUUAUACUAUUAUUUU